CACAAACACAACAAAAAGCUGCCUGUCUCCUUUACCUUGAAUAUCGGUAUAAUGCUUCGUUAACUAGGAUUUUGUUAUAACCAUUUCGGCCAUAAUCCGUCUUAGAAUAUACCUGUUCCAGAUCACAAUGUCGACCAAACUUGGAUCAAAACUAGAACCGGCUCCAUUACUCGAAAUACAAUGGACGACGAAACACAAGACCGGCGAGUCAACAAAAAUAAUCUCUCCCUCCCUCAUAAUUUGGCUCAGGUUAGAACUUUCUGUGUGAACGUCGUAGCACCAUCCAUAGGAAACCAAAUAACCCCCCCCCCCCGCAUCAGCAGUUUGGGCGUGGACGAUUCUACAAAAAGCGCAAUUCGAGCAACAUGGGGCUCUGAAUAA